AUGAGCCAACCUUCGCAAAAACAAGAAUCUGCUGGAAAAGACAUCGAGCAAGGCGGAGAGCAGCCCCGGACUGACAGCCAAAGAAUCGAAGAUCGCUACGUGUACUUCAAUCAACACAGGUACCAGGGUGUUCUACGGGAAGUCUGUCAACAACGUUGCCUUAUAAGAUUCGAAAUGCUUGAGGCGGAUCUUAAGCAGAACGAAUUGACGGUAGAAAAGCUGGAGGGAUCUUUGACUCACUUCAAGGACCUCUUUGAGCUUACGGAUUCUCUUUGUACGGCCAGCAAUAAGCUAUUCCAGGUUUGCUGUGAAUCUGUGAUGAAGGCGGUGAGUGAAAAAGCCAAAGUUGUGCCAAUCGCUCCUAUCGAAGCUGCCCUCAACGCCUACAUACCUAUCAAUGAUGAUACGUUCAGACGUUCACUGGAGCUUGGUUUCGAGACUCCGGAGUCUCCACGCAAAGGCGAUGCUCAUCUAUGGAAUGAAUGGGAAAAGCUCGAAAGACAGACUCAGCAAAUUCUUGAUGGAUAUCAAAAGCAUAAAGACAAUGUUUUACUGGAGGAAAACUAG